AGGAGGAGAGAUCGAGAAGACAGAGCAUGGAGAGUAUUCAUGUAGCGACAGUAGUGUGACACGGUGACUUUUCUCCUCGGCCAUUAUAAUAUCACUCAUCACUAAACAUGGGGAUUAUCAUAUGAAUUUUUUUUUUGUUGUACUUCUCUAUCCUCGCAUAAACUACUCCAAACUUGUCCGCGAUGAACGUGUCUGCAGGGACAGGGGUGUUUGUGCUCUCCUUGAUGUCCAUCCCCAUCUGCUACUUAUUCAACUACCUCAUUCACAACAACAGUGCUGAAGCUUUCUUCUUCGCUGGUUGCAUAACAGUCCUCAUCCUCGCCAUUUCGGCACGUUUUAUACUCAAAAAGAAGGCUCCAGUAGAUCCUGUUUUCUAUGUGUUUGCAGUGCAUGCUUUCCUCAGUGUUGUGAAUCUGAUCAUCGGGUUGGAGCAGGACAACAUCAUUGAUGGAUUUGUGACAUUUUAUCUCAAAGAGGCAAACCCACACAUAAAUACAGCACAUGGGCACAUGAUCUCGUUCUGGGACGGCUGUGUGCACUAUCUCAUGUAUCUGCUCAUGAUUGCUGCAAUUACAUGGGGGGACAGUUACAGAGCCAUUGGACUUUACUGGGUGGGAUCUUUUCUCAUGCGUGCCAUAGUCUACAUUCUUGGGAAUGCUGUGGGGAAAUACGGGACUCACGUUGGUCCUCUGUUCCUCCUCCACAUGCUGUAUAUCUCAGUCACUGUCUGGGCUUGCUUUUGCAUCUUCAGCCAGCCAUCCAUAAGGGAUGUUCAGCUGACGAACAAUCGGGAGGCUGAGAGAAAAAGUUUACUCCACAGACCUCUGGACUUACUGUUCAUCAUCUACCUUAUCCCUGCUUUCGCUUUCUGUGUUUUCAGGGGCCUGAUUGUUCUUGACUGUUCCAGUAAUUGGUGUCAAGAAUACACACGACAAUAUGAACCAUACCUGAAAGACCCUUCAGCCUAUCCUAAAGUGCAGAUGCUGGUGAACAUGCUGUACUCUGGACCAUAUUACAUCAUUACUCUGUAUGGGCUGAUGGUUCCUGGUUGUGAAUGGGUUCCAGACCUGACUCUGGUGCACUCAGGAGCAUUGGCACAGGCCCAGUUUUCUCAUAUCGGAGCGUCUCUUCACACACGGACACCGUUCUCCUACAGAGUGCCUGCUGACAGCCAGCUGGUCUUCUUGCUAGUCAAUAUCCUGUAUGUUCUGGUGCCCCAGGCUUUGUGCUAUCGUUGCUGCACCAGGCCUGCCUUCUUCCUCAGGCGAACACCAGACAAAAAGACUGAAUAACAGAGAGUGCCAUGGAUGAUGAGGAUGCCUGACUUAAAGGGCUAAAGUUUGCAGCUAUUAGUAGUUUUGCAUUUGGAGAGAAUUUGCCUCUAGUCGACUUGAUGACAGUUUAGUGGAUUCAUUGGAAAAAUGACAAAAUGAUCCAGUGUCAGAGUUUGUGUAGUCUUGCAUGAAUGUUAUUUAUUUUAUUUUUUUUGCUUAUUGUGAAAAUGUGAGCAUAAAAAGUAAAAAAGCAAGUUAGCACUGGAAGGCACCCAUUGUAACACAGUAGACAUGCAGUUUUUCUUUAGGACUGUAUGGCAUUCAAACUACUUGACAACACUUAUUUUUGUUGUAUUUUUUUGUAAAGUUUCUUUUUAGGUUAAAAAAAUGCUUUGAUGUUGGCACUGUUCAGUGCCUUUUUGCCAAUUGGUCGGCUAGUAAAAUCAUAAAAUCAU